AUGUUAUUAGAUUUGGAAGGGUAUUUAGACCUUUAUAGAUUAUUAUUUAUUCAAAACCUUUAAGAAGAAAUUUUUAGGGAAUUGUAAAUUCGGCGAAAAAUUUACUUAUUGUUUUUAUUUUUUAUCUUAUUGUCAUACUUAUUUGGGCUUAUAUUGGAUAUAAUGUUAUAGGAGAAGUAAAUGAAUAUACAGAUAGUAUUUAAAUAAAUAAAAUAAAAAAAAUAUAAUAAAAUAAAUAUUUUAUAAAAAUAUAAUAUUAUAAAUAUAAUUAUAUAAAAUAUAUAUAUAUAUAUAUUUAUAUAUAUAUAUUUGAUUUUAAAAAUUAUAUAUAUUUUAUUUAAUAUUAUUAAAGAAUAUGCUAUUGAUUAUACAGAUUUAUGGAAAACUGUUAAUAUUUUAUAUGUAGUGAGUACAUUUGAUUAAAUUCCAGAUGUAAUGUUACCUUUAUUAUUGUAGUCUAGAUUAUAUUUACUUUAUUAUAUUCCAUAUAUAUUAAUUUUUAUGCUUUUAUUUUUCCAAUUCCUGUUGCAGUAGUUCUCGAAGAAUUUAGAAAACAUAGACUAAAUUUAUUUAUAUUGCUUUAAUGGCAUGUUUUUAAUGUUUAGUCAGUUAAUAAAGAGAAUAUUAAUAGUAUAUUUUAAAAGAGGAUUUUAUAUAUUUCUUUUUCUAUGUAUAUUCUUAAAUUGA